AUGCCCCAGGACACCAGCAUCCCUUACGACAUAUCUGUCUUCGUAUCGACGCUCUUUCUUUUGGAGUUCGCCACCGACAAAUUCAUCUCCCACACUGCAAAGCUAGCCUCCCUCAUCAACGUCUCAGAACUCCUCAUUGGGCUGGUUACUGCCGGCGCAGAAUGGGAAGAACUCGCUGUGGUAGUCUCCUCCCUCGGACAGGGCCGUUCGUCCCUUGCUCUGGGCAAUGUCAUAGGCGCAUCCAUAUCCAAUAUCCUCGGCGCCUUUUCUCUGGGCUUGCUUUGUUCCGGGGACCUUGAGUUUGACCGUGGCUCGAGGAUCUACUCUCUGCUGACUCUUGUGCUCACCACGCUCAUCAUCCCCGUCGUAUACUAUUCCAGCAGAGUUUCGUGCAUCGUUUGCGGAUCCAUCUUGAUAGGCGGUUUCGUCAUAUACUUCGUCUCUAUAGGUGUCGCGGUCGUCAAAGGUGUCUUGAUAUCCCCCGAGGAUUCCGAUUCGGACUCUGACGACGGAGACGGAGACGACGACGGAGACACGGAACGAACAGCCCUCCUCAACAAUCCGUCUCCAGGCCCUCCCCGUCACGCCAUCACCCAUCACGCCCUCCAACUCGUCUUCGGCAUCGCAGCCCUCGCCCUGUCUGCCUAUAUUCUGGCACACUCUGCGGCGAGUAUCACGACGCAGUUGCACAUUUCUGACAUUUCAUUUGGCGUCGUUGUCCUCUCUAUUGCGACCACGCUUCCAGAAAAGCUGAUUUCCGUCGUGAGUGGAUACAGGGGCCGUGGUCAGAUACUAGUUGCCAACUGCGCGGGGAGCAAUAUUUUCUUGUUGUCCUUGUGUUGUGGUAUCGUCUUGAUCAGCACACGAGGAGAGCUGGAUAAAGGGACCGUGACGAUCGGGGAGUUGGCGGUUCUGUGGUUGUCCACACUGGCCUUUACUGUGACAGUGUGGUUUGGCGGGACGGGGGCCAAGGUAAUUGGAGUUGUCAUGGUUUUGGGAUAUGUCGCAUUCAUAGUAUUGGAGUAUGCCGUCAUUCAUCGGGUGGACCUAUAG